AUGCUGUACGCUGCUGUAUUGACGGUGAUUUUCGGCGCAGCUGCCGCCACCACUGGGCUCGAUGCUAUUCAGCCCAUGUCCAGCGCCACCUUCACUUGUCUAAAACAAAACGGCUACAGCUUUUUCAUCGCCAGAGCAUGGGAAAGUGUCGGUAACUACGAUGAGACUGGAAUCCAAAACAUGAAGAAUGCACGUGCUGCUGGAUGGCAAUACGUUGACGCUUAUAUUUUCCCUUGUUUGAGGAGCACAUGUGCUGGUCCUGCACAGCAAGUGGAGGCAACCGUGAAUCGCUUGAAGGCUGAAGGUGCCCAGUUUGGUAUGAUUUGGCUAGAUAUUGAAAUCUUUGCCUGGCCAGCUGAUCAAAACGCCAACAGGAAUUUCAUAAACGCUAUGGGUAACCAGCUGAAUGCCAUGGGUGUUAACUGGGGAAUCUAUACCAAUAACAAUAACUGGGGAAGUAUUGUCGGAAUAAACUGGAACCAAUGGGCAAGCAGACCGCUAUGGUGGGCCAAUUACAACGGUCACCAGGACUACACCAACUUCGUACCAUUCGGUGGCUGGUCCAAGCCUUCCAUUCACCAAUAUGCUGGAGAUUACAAGGGACCAUGCGGUGUUGAUCUUGACCUCAACUGGUAUUGA